ACUUAAAAUGUGUGACAAAUCGUAAUUAUAAAAACAAAUCUUGCUGAGCAAAAUGUUUGAUAUUACUUAAAAUACGUAUUGGAAAAACUAAAAAGACUUAUAAAAAUAGUAUUCUAAAAUUCUUUACUGUAUAAAUAACUAAAAAUUCAUGUUUAUUUAAACUUAAAAGUUGCACCAAUUUUACUCACCAAAAAAUGAGAUUUUUACAAAUAAUACUGAGUUUAUCUUUAUGUUUGACCGCAAUAACGGGAGAUUAUAUUGUUUUUGAAUCAAAAUACUCAAGUUCACAAGUUUUUCGUGCGUUUGCUGAUAGUUCAGUGCAUGCUAGCAUAGGUCUGUUGUCAGCUACAUUAUUUUUCACCCAUGAAAUAUCAAUAAGCAGAUAUGCUAGUGUGUGUAACAUUAUAUUUUGUACAAUACUGUCAUCAUUCAUCGAUAUAGAUCACGUUAUGGAGGCAAAAUCUAUUUAUCUAAAGGACAUGCACAAUUUGAAACGGGGAAUCUUCCACUGUACAACAUUUUGGCUCAUCGUAUCUUUGUUAUUCAUCUUAUACAGUUAUGUAGUUAAAAAACUAAAUAUUUACAUACUUACUUUUAUGAUUAUAAUUGCAUAUACUAGUCACCAUAUUAGAGAUGGGAACAGGCGAGGCCUAUGGCUGUAUCCUUUUGGGCAUACGCCUCCAAUAAGCAAGUUUAUAUACGUAGCUCUAAUAGGCAUUUUACCUAAUAUUUAUGCGAAGAUAUUCACUUACAUGGAAAAUGGUUUUUACAGGCAUAAUGUCGUUAAUGCUGGCUAUAAAAUGGUGGUUUAACAUUAAAAUAUUGUAAUAGAUUUCUACAAGAUCUUAGUGACACUGUACCAAAUACUGAGGGGGAUGAUUUAGACUAUGAUUCUGAGUUGAUAUCAAGUGGAAUUUUCCGUUGUAAAAUUCAUGUAUUUUUUUGCUAUUUUUAAAUUACUUUCAAUUCUAUACUUUUGCGAUGGAAAAUUCCACUUGAUAUUAGCUCAGAAUAAUGAGCUGAAUCAUCCCCCUCAGUAUUUGUUACGGUGUCACUAACAUUACAGCCUAUCUACUUGUACCUAUGUACUUGUACAGGGUGUAAGUGACAUCAUAACAAAUACUGAGGGGGAUGAUUCAGCUCAUUAUUCUGAGCUAAUAUCAAGUGGAAUUUUCCAUCGCAAAAGUAUAGAAUUGAAAAUAAUUCAAAAACUAAAAAAAAUACAUGGAUUUUGCGACGGAAAAUUCCACUUGAUAUCAACUCAGAAUCAUGGCCUGAAUCAAGUUUUCCUUACGAUGUCACUAACACCUUGUAUGUAGUAUUAAUUUUUAUUCUAUGCUGGGAGUAUAAACCAUAGAAAGGCUGCUUAUCUUCCCAGGCAUGUCGUAAAAACCGACAGAAGUUGAAGACUUGUUUUGGGCGAUAGGCUGACCCCUUGUCACCAUAAGGUUCAUCAUAUCCAUCUUAGGACUUCGUAUCAACAGUGGCUGCAAGUUGUCUUUGAUUACUUGUGGCUCUGCCCACCCUAUUAAGGAUUACGGGUGUGUGUCUUGUCUGUUUCAAUGCCUACUGCGAUUUUGUGUCUUUUUAAUUUUAUAUACGUAUUUUUUAAUUUUUAAAUCGUUAAUUAUUUUUGUUAAAAAAAGGAAAGUAAAUAAAACUCUUUUUCAUGUAUAAA